CGCAACGCAACCAAUAACCAAUCAAAAUGCAAAAAAUAUCUGGCGGUGGUUUGUGGGACUGUGGGGCCGAAAGGCGCACGCAUACAAUACAAACCGAUAAACCCGUAAACCCUUCUCCCGUUCCGUUUCUUUUCUCCCUCAGGUCAAUCUCAGACUUCAAAAAUAAAACCCUUCUUCUACCCUUUCUUUCUUUUUCGCUGAGAACUCUCAUCAAACACCAUGAGCUCCUUCAACAACAGCAACAACCCCAACUUGGACAACCUCCUCCUCCAAACUCUCAUGGACAGGCUCCACCUCCGCGCCCCAGUCAACAACCCCUUAAUCUCUCAGUCCCUCGAGGACUUCCUCUUCGACGACGAUGAUGACGACGAAGAAGAAAACGAAAACGACAUCUUCGGCCGCCAAAACGACGACGCAAGGUCUCAGCUCGCGAAAGAGGAGUCCAAACUCGAGAAGGAGAUCAUCAAGGUUAUCCUCAGCGGCACCGCCGAUUCCCUUAAGCCGAAUUCGGGGCAGGCGGUUACGGUUCGCGACCACCACAUCUGCGUCGGAUUUCAUGAAGAGAAGGGAUCCGAUUAUAGGGUUUGGGAGUGGCACGGUCACAUUAUGAUGUUUGAUGAGGAGCAUGGGUACUCGCCAGAGUACAUCUACGGUAACUACUUCGAGAGGUUGGUUCCCAGAACCAAUCGUCCUGGUGGUGCUGGUGUUGGGCUCAGGGAAUUGAUUGAUUCUAAUGAUUCAAAUGAUUCCAAGGAUUCAAGUGGCAGUCGCAUUCUUCAUCGGAACAUCAACGCUGGGUCUCCAAGUUCUCUGGUGGCAGCUAGAGUUUUUCUAUUGUCUUAUUUGUGGUACUAGAUAUGGAUUUGUUCU